AUGAAGGAAUACCUUUUCAAGAUCUUGGUUGUAGGUGAUCUCGGUACAGGAAAGACAUCAAUCAUACGUCGUUAUGUUCACAAUAUAUUCUCAACAAAUUACAAGUCUACUAUUGGUGUAGAUUUUGCACUUAAAGUCAUUCAAUGGACUCCUGACAUCAUUGUUCGACUUCAACUCUGGGACAUUGCGGGACAAGAAAGGUUUGGAAAUAUGACGCGAGUAUAUUAUAAAGAAGCACUUGGAGCUAUAGUUGUAUAUGAUAUCACGAGACCACAGACGUUCGAAGGCGUAACAAGAUGGAAAAAGGAUAUUGAUGCAAAGGUUGCAUUACCCGACGCAUGGGGAGGAGGACAAAUUCCGGUUAUUUUAUUGGCUAAUAAGACGGACUUGAUCCAGGAGGGACAUGGACAACCUGUCAACCCAGCAGAAUUAGAUAGUUUCUGUAGAGAGCAUGGAUUUAUUCAAUGGUUUGAGACAUCAGCCAAAGACAAUAGCAACAUUGAAGAAGCCACGCGUUGUUUAGUAUCUGCUAUUGUAAAACUAGAAGAAGAGAACGUAAAUAAUACUGUAUCUGAUGAAGCCUCGGUGAAGCUUGGACAGCAACAGCGACAACAGAACAAUGGGUGUUGUUAA